AGAAGGCUAGAAGCUUUUCUGGGCACACACUUCUUUCAAUUAGUUCCAUUUUCAAGUUCUGGGUUUGUUGCUUGUUUUGUCGUGAUUCAUGUUAGGUUGUGCAGCACUAAGAUUAGCUGGAAAUGACAACUAAGAUUAGUUGUGAAAUGAUUGAUUGAGUUGUAGUGUUAGGCAUAGUGAUGGAUGAGCAGUAGUGAGCUGUAUGCUUUCCUUUUGUAAUCCUAUUUAAACUUCAGUGUAAGAUGAAUAGAAACACAGAAGUUUACUCAAUAUCUAACUUGUUUACCAUAAGAAAAGUUGAGGAGUCAAAGUAUGAUUCUUGAAAUAUAAUGUUUAUGUUUGAUACGGCAAGCCUUUAGCUGUUGUUAGUCAAAUGGCUCCCAAAUUUGGACAAAAAUGCUUUAGAAGCCCCAUCUCCGGUCCCAUAUUUGGUUCUCCCAAAACGCCGAAGCCCACAGUUUAGCUCCAAAUUCGAACAAAAGGAGACUUCUAGCAAUAAAAGAUAGAUAUUUCCAAGACAAAAGGAGAGUUGUAUGUAACAACAGAUAUGAGGAAAUGUAAAUUAGUUGUAGGUGUGGAUAGUUCCUCAUCCGUUAUUAAGACUUGUUGAUCAAACCUAUUACCACGUAUCAUCUGAUUCCUCAGAUUAUAUUUGCCAAAACCUUAUGCAUGUCUUGUUCUAUGAUAACCGACGAUCCCAAAAAAACAGAACACUUGCUUUCACUUGAGGGGGCAAAAGAAAGGCUUCAUUUGUUCAAAGCAGAUUUGCUAGAUGAAGGAUCUUUUGACCCUGCAGUUGAUGGAUGUGAAUGUGUUUUUCAUACCGCAUCUCCGGUAUCUUUUUCAUCAGUCAAUGACCCUCAGAGAAUGCAAUGAGCAUUUGUCUCCAUAUCUUCAGGCAGAACUAAUUGACCCUGCUGUGAAGGGAACAUUAAAUGUUCUGAAAUCAUGUGCAAAAUUUCCAACCGUCAAGCGAGUGGUUUUGACAUCUUCUUUGGCUUCAGUAAUGAUGAAUGGAAAACCUCUGACCCCUGAUGUUGUAGUGGAUGAAACAUGGUAUUCAGAUCCACUAAUUGCUGAGAAGCACAAGCUGUGGUAUAUUCUUUCAAAGACUUUAGCUGAGGAGGCUGCUUGGAAAUUUGCUGAAGGAAAUAGGAUUGACUUGGUUUCAAUAAAUCCGGGGUUUGUGAUUGGACCACUCUUACAGCCGACAAUUAAUUUGACGGUGGAGAUGAUUCAGAACCUCAUAACUGGCAAGGCAGUGCCAGCUUCAAAUUACAGAUUUAUUGAUGUUAGAGAUGUUGCCGCUGCACAUAUUCAAGCAUUUGAAAUUCUUUCAGCUAGUGGAAGGUAUUGUUUGGUCAGCCAUGUUGCAAAUAUUUCCGAGACUCUAGAGAUGAUACGACAACUUUAUCCCACAAUGUACAUUCCUGGAAGAUGUGAGGAUGACAAUCCUCUUUUGAAUCCAUCUGGCCCACAGUUUCAAGUAUCCAAGGAGAAAGCAAAAAGUCUGGGAAUUAGUUUUCAUCCAUUGGAAGUAACUCUGAAGGACACUAUUGAAAGCCUGAAGGAGAAGGGUUUCCUCAACAUAUGAUCAAUUAUCCUUGUGUCAGCAAUUUGUUAGUUUAUUGUUACAGAAGUUGAUUGCAUAUUGGCGGUUGAAAUUUGGAUUAUGUGAAACUCCAUACUGUGGUGGGGAUAAAGUUCUCAUAAAAUAUCUGAACUCCGAAAAUGUGUAUAACAAUAUAAUGUGUUCAUUACAGUGUUUCACUUUAUAGUGAGAAAAAAUGAGAUUCUGUUGAUGGAAUUCCAUUUCGUUGGACAACCUACA